GGGCGAGUGGUGCCGGGUGGGAGGAGGAAGCGGCCAUAGCGGGGCCGUGAGGGCGGGAGGGCCCCUGCCGCCCCCUCCUCCCCGGAGGUUGGGUAGGGAUGGCGGCGCCUUCUUCCCACGCGGGCCUCUGAGCGGCCUCCCGCCGCCGCUGCCUCGGCUCGGGGCGGGAGGGGCCGGGGCGGGCGAACAUGGCCACCCCCGCGGGCUGGGAGCACCUGAGGCCGCUGCGGUCGGACGCGCUGCGGGCGAGUAAGCCAUCAGUGGUCAACCUGAAUGCAGAUGACGAGAUACAGUUUGUGAAAAAAACUCUGAAAGUCAAAAAGCCUCGAUUUGAUGCAUCCUUGGUUUAUUUGACCCGAAGAUUCAUGGAUCUUGUCAGAAUGGCUCCGGAUGGUGUCCUUGAUUUAAAUGAAGUAGCGACAAUGCUUGGAGUACGAAAACGAAGAGUGUAUGACAUCACCAAUGUGUUGGAUGGAAUCCACUUAAUUCAGAAAAGAUCUAAGAAUCUUAUCCAGUGGGUAGGUUCUAAUCUUGACCAUGUUGUUGGAAAAGCGCCAGAACAGCAAAACCUUAAAGAUGAAAUUUCUGACUUGUCUGCCAUGGAAGAAGCUCUGGAUGAAUUAAUCAAGGAUUGUGCUCAUCAGUUAUUUGAACUAACAGAUGACAAAGAAAAUGCAAAACUAGCGUAUGUGACCUAUCAAGAUAUCCAUAGCAUUCAGGCGUUUCAGGAACAGAUUGUGAUUGCAAUCAAAGCUCCAGAGGAAACGAAGUUGGAAAUACCAGUUCCUAAAGAAGAUUGCAUAGAAGUACAUGUGAAGAGCACAAAAGGACCCAUUGAUGUGUAUCUGUGUGAAGUGGAGCAAAAGAAGCCAGGUGCCAAAACUUUUGAGGAUAUGGAUAGUGUUACUUCUGAAACUGAGCCAUCAGUUCCUCCUGAUGAAGUGAGAUCACCGGGGGAAGAAAAACACAAACCACCUGAGUUGAAAGACUAAUUACAACUCAAAAAUCUAAUACAGAAUGUAAAUACCUGUGUUAUAGAGCUUUUCCAAAGCCAUUUAAAUCUGCAAGCUUACUAACCUGAAAAGUUCCAAAGUGUUUUAAAUUUAAAACAGCGGUGGGUUGGUUGAGUGCUUUUGCAGGAUUGCUUAUCUUCCCAAGUCAAGAUGACAGUUCCUAGAGAUCUCGUAGGAGCUUUGUUUUCAUAAUUGCAUGCGAUCUACAGAGCCUUGGGAAAAUGUUAUUUUUGGCUUAUGAAAUAAUUUUAAUGGACAGAAAAUAUAGGUAAUGAGUUACUUCUAAAAAGGAGGAUUUAAAAACUAUUUCUGGAAGAAUCCACAAUCCUUAUGAGAAUGUAUAUAAUAAAGAAAUGCACUUUUCAGUUCUGAGGCUGCACUACUACCAAGCAGGAUUGUCAAAUACAAAGGUAACAAAGAACUGGUGUGUCGGAAGCCUUCGCUGUAAGGAACAAGAUGUAAAUAUCAUGAGUUAUGCCUUACACUGUGUGGAUGCUGUUUGCAUUGUUUGCAUCCAGCAAACUACGGUAUCAACACUGAAGUUAAAUAAUGGGGCGUUUUGUAUAUAUUUGUAACAUAUCCAGGUAGUUAUUGAUGUAGAUUUAUUGAGAUGGUUUGCAUUUCUGCCUUUGUACAGCAAAGAAAUAAAAUAAGCUUAUAAAAAUAUGAAAUAGUCGG